AUGGUAGGAAUAGACGAAUGUCUCUACGAAAAUCAAAUGUGCGAAGGCUCUUGUACUAAUGUUCUUGAUAUUAGCAAUUUACCUUAUAUGGUAAAUUCAAAUAAAACAGCACUUGUUGGCGUUCGUGUUGAUGUUAUUGCGGAAUGUACUUGUGGUGCUAGAAAUUUUACUCAAGCCGAAACUUGUCGUAACUCGCCUUGUUACAAUGGUGGUAGAUGUAUAGAAGGUAAAUAUGGAUUGACUUGUUCAUGUCCUCCCGGAUAUACAGGACCUAGAUGUCAACAGACAUCCCGGAGCUUUAGAGGUACAGGUUGGGCUUGGUAUCCUUCGUUAGAAAUGUGUGAUAGCUCUCAUUUAAGUUUUGAAUUUAUUACCAGAAAGUCGGAAGGAGUUUUACUUUAUAAUGGACCAAUUGUUCCGCCCGAACCAGAAGAAAUAGUUGUAUCCGAUUUCAUUUCAGUUGAAUUAGAAAGAGGAAAUCCAAGAUUAUUAAUUGAUUUUGGAUCAGGUACACUAGAGUUGAGGGUAAAGACUAAAAAAUCCUUAGAUGAUGGCGAGUGGCAUAGACUAGAUAUAUUUUGGGACACCGAAAAUGUCAGAAUGAUCGUUGAUUUCUGCAAAUCGGCGGAUAUUCAAGAAAUGGAAGACGGAACUCCACCCGAAUUUGACGACUCAACUUGUCAAGCUUCUGGAACGAUACCACCAUUUAACGAAUACUUAAACGUCAAUGCACCUUUACAAAUUGGUGGUUUAUACAUUGAACAUUUUGAUCCUACGCACUAUCAUUGGCAGUACAUGCCAAUUGGAAAAGGAUUCGAUGGUUGUGUUAGAAAUCUAAUACAUAAUAGUAAAUUAUAUGAUUUAGCACAUCCUGGUCUGUCUAGAAAUUCUGUUGCUGGAUGUCCGCAAACAGAAGAAAUUUGUAAUCAGGCUGACACUACGACAAGAUGUUGGGAACAUGGCACUUGUGUCGGAAGUUUCUCGGAAGCCAGAUGCCAAUGCCAGCCAGGUUGGACGGGACCAUCCUGUAAUCUACCAACAACACCCACCAGUUUUAGACCACAAAGCUACGUAAAAUUCGCAUUGAGUUUUGAGCCUGAUAGGUUUAGCACACAGAUACAACUAAAGUUUAGAACUAGGGAACCUCAUGGAGAACUGUUCCGAGUGAGCGAUCAACACAACAGAGAAUAUGGCAUUUUGGAGGUCAAGGAUUCACGAUUACAUUUCCGUUAUAACUUAAAUUCGUUACGGACGGAGGAACGUGAUGUUUGGUUGAAUUCCGUGCCAGUGGAUGAUGGACAGUGGCAUAUAGCUAGAGUGAGCCGAUAUGGUAGCGCUGCGACUCUCGAAAUCGAUGGAGGAGAAGGCAGAAGAUAUAACGAAACAUUCACAUUUGAAGGACACCAAUGGCUACUGGUAGAUAAACAAGAAGGUGUAUAUGCUGGAGGCAAGGCCGAAUACACCGGCGUUCGAACGUUUGAAGUAUAUGCAGAUUUUCAGAAAGGCUGUCUAGAUGAUAUUAGAUUAGAAGGUAAACAUUUACCGUUGCCACCGGCGAUGAAUGGAACUCAAUGGGGUCAAGCAACAAUGGCCAGAAACUUAGACCGGAACUGCCCUUCUAAUAGUCCCUGUAUAAACGUUCACUGCACCGAACCCUUCGUCUGCGUCGACCUCUGGAAUGAAUAUGAAUGCACGUGUCCGGGUGGAUCGACUCGGUCUGGCGGUACGUGUGUGAACGUGAACGAGUGCCUCAACAAUCCGUGCUUGCACGGCGGCAAGUGUGUGGAUCGCGAUCCAGCACGCCGCUACGACUGCAUAUGCACGUUCGGAUACGCCGGACACGACUGUGAACUAGAACUCCUUGCCUCCGGAAUCAUCAUGCCCUCCAGGGAUUUCAUUAUUGCUAUCAUUGUCUGUUUGUUUUUGCUUUUAGUCCUAGUUCUGGUAUUUGUGGUGUACAAUCGUCGUCGAGAAGCCCACAUAAAGUACCCCGGACCGGACGACGAUGUUCGUGAAAAUAUUAUUAAUUACGAUGAUGAGGGCGGCGGUGAAGAUGACAUGACUGCAUUUGACAUCACUCCGCUUCAGAUACCCAUCGGUGGACCGUUACCAGAUCACGUACCUACAAAAUUACCAUAUCCAUUGAUGGGUGUAGGUUUGGGUGUGGGUCCGAUGGGAGUAUCGGUCGCCCCAGCGGUGGUACCACUUCCAGGGGAGACGAACGUUGGCAUGUUCAUAGAAGACCACAAAAGACGUGCUGACAGCGACCCUAACGCACCACCGUUUGACGAUCUCAGGAAUUACGCGUAUGAAGGUGGUGGCAGUACUGCGGGCUCCCUCUCGUCCCUUGCUUCUGGUACUGACGAUGAGGUACAUGAUUACGACUAUUUGGGUGCCUGGGGUCCUCGUUUCGACAAACUGGCUGAUCUCUACGGGCCCGAACUCGACGAGCAGCUCUAG